AUGGCCGACUCAGCCAACAAGGUGGCUGUCACCAACGAUGAUCGCGAAGCGAAGAUGAGGCUCGCAGCAGCCGAGCAAAUCUACGGACGAGGCAAAGGUGUCAAUGCAAAGAGUGCGCGGGACAAGAAAUUGCGCGCAAAUCUCAAAAGGCAGGAGUUCAAGCACAAGGAGGCGGUCCUUCAAGCAAAGGAUGCAGAGAUUCUGCUUGAGCACUCGGAAGGAUUCCUCGAGCCCGAAGGCGAACUCGAGCGGACAUACAAAGUUCGUCAGGACGAGAUUCGGGAGAGCGUCGGAAUUGAGACAGCCAAGAAGGGAUUCGAAUUAAAGCUCCCAGAUAUGGGACCAUAUCGCAUGGACUAUACUCGGAACGGACGUGACCUGCUGCUGGCCGGACGGAAGGGACAUGUUGCGACGAUGGACUGGCGCGAGGGCAAGCUGGGCUGCGAGUUGCAGUUGAACGAGACUGUGCGGGAUGCCCGCUGGCUACACAACAACCAGUUCUUUGCUGUUGCGCAGAAGAAGCACACAUAUAUCUACGAUCGCCAGGGAACUGAGAUUCAUUGCCUGAGCAAGCACCUAGAACCGCUUUUCCUCGAGUUCCUGCCCUAUCAUUUCCUUCUUGCAAGCGCUCAAAUGAGCGGCCACCUCAAAUACACAGAUACUUCCACCGGCCAGACCGUCGCUGAACUGCCUACGCGAUUGGGCAAACCGACCGCUCUCGCCCAGAACCCAUGGAAUGCCAUCCUCCAUGUGGGACACCAGAAUGGCACUGUGACCCUCUGGUCACCCAACUCUCAAACCCACCUCGUAAAAGCACUCGUACACCAGGGACCUGUUCGGUCAAUUGCAAUGGAUCGCCAGGGUCGUUACAUGGUCACUACGGGCCAGGAUCAAAAGAUGAACGUGUGGGACAUCCGCAUGUACCGAGAGGUGCAUUCAUACUCAUGCUACCAGCCCGGUGCAUCCGUGGCGAUCAGUGACCGCGGCCUGACCGCAGUCGGCUGGGGCACUCAAAUGAGCGUGUGGCGCGGCCUAUUCGACGCAGCCUCAGCCGACGUAGGCAAAGUGCAGAGCCCCUACAUGGCCUGGGGCGGCGAUGGCCAGCACAUCGAGAACGUCCGCUGGUGCCCCUACGAAGAUAUCCUCGGUGUCGGACACGACCAAGGAUUCGCUAGCAUUAUCGUCCCCGGCGCAGGCGAGCCCAACUUCGACUCGCUGGAGGCCAACCCUUACGAGAACGUCCGACAGCGCCAGGAGCACGAGGUCCACUCGCUGCUCACCAAGUUGCAGCCGGAUAUGAUCUCUCUCGAUCCCAACAUCAUUGGAAAGCUCGAUACUGUCAACGACAAGAAGUACCAGGAGCAGCGCAACCCAGAUCGCCAGCCCGAGGAUCACAUGGAGAAGCUCAAGAACCGUGGUCGUGGUCGCAACAGUGCUCUGCGCAAGUACCUUCGCAAGAAGGGUGGCAAGAACGUUAUCGACGAGAAGCGUCUCAAGGCCGAGACGUUGCGGAAGGAACAUGCUGCUCGUACGAAGGACAAGCUCAAGCAGGAGCGUAUGGAUCUGGGGCCUGCUCUUUCCCGGUUCGCCAAAUGA